AACCAUAGCCGCCCAUUCUUUUCUUAUUCCACAAAAUGUGACAACUUUAUUUUUUUGUAGUGAUAUAUUUUAGUCUUCUUAAUUUUUUUAAAAUUCAAUUCAUUUCGAUAAAAAUAAAAUUCAAAAUAAUCUAUGAUAUUUUGAUAAUUAAAACAAAGUAGUUCUUGAAUAUGUUAGAUACAAUACCAAUUUACAUUUUAUUUUUGUGAGAGACUGUUGAAAUGAGUCAUGGUUUUAUUUUUUAUUUCUCUUUUGUUGUCCAUCAACUGUUUGCUAAAUUGCUUCAACGACAAAAAGUGCAAAACAAACCUUUGAAUUCUUUGAAUAAAGAGAAAAUAAUUGAGGUAUGGUGAAGAAAUUGUUGAAGUGAAGAGGUGGAGAAAAGGACAUACCCUACCCACUGCCACACACCCUUCAACAUUCAUCACCAACCAAACUCUUUUGAUCUUCUCUAUACAUUUGUUAUUGUGUGGACCUAUCACUGCUUCAUUUUCAACUACCAAAGAUUUGUUCUAUGUACAUAUCAUUCCCAUAUCAAUAUAUUCAAUUCAAUUCCUUUUGCACAAGAGAUAUUGAGAUUCUUUAUAUUUGAGUCUUUGCAUCUAGACUUGUUGUAUCAUUUUCUUGCCAUUUUUGCAAAUCCCAUUGUCCAGGUGUCACAAAACAUGAUAUCUAAUUUUGUUGCCCCACAUUUCUUCACAAUCCUCCUUUCAUAGGAUUCCUUUUAAGUGUGAAACACGGACACUCUUCGAAUUAGGUGUAUUUCGGUGUCGGACACAUGUAAGUGUCAGAUAUCAACACGACACUGACACUUAUAAUUACAUUGAAUUGUGUUAGUUUCUUAAAUUAUUAUUGGUGUCGAUGUAUCAAUUACCGUGUCAUGUCCGGUCACAAACAUUCAAUCAUUGAAUGACAUUUGUUUUCUUCCUUUUUUUAUUGUGGGAAGCCAAUAACAAAGGCAUAGAUAGAAGUAUUUCAAAGGUUUCAUCUAUUUUUUGUGCAGAGUUUUAAAAAUAGGUUCGCGGCCAUAAUCUAGGGCCGCGAUAUUAUAAUUUUUUAUGCCGGUGAGACUGCAAUACGAUUGCAAUUCAGGCCGCGUCAAUUAUAUUUUACCAUAUGUCUCUGCAAUAUCAAAGACAGUAACUCUACAUUAACUGCGAUUGCAAUUUAAAACUUAGUAGUUCGAAUUUGAUCCUUCAAGUCAAGGCAAUUUCCACUCCAAUUCGUCGGCAUAUUUGUCAACCUUAUUUUUUCUGUUCAAACCUUGGUGAGAGGCCUACCAUUGAGUUUCUUGGUAGGGUCUCUUUGAACUGAUUAAAAUAAGCCAAUUCUUUAAAAGGUGUUUGUUUGAAGAUACCAAAUUUGCUUCAAAGUUUUGGUUAAGUAGUGAGAUUUCAUUAUACUUUUCUUUAGAUUACCUUAAAUAACAAAUAAAGUCAUUACUUUUCCUUUCCACAUAAGGCCUUGGAGGCUCUCUUAUCUCAUAUACCAAAUUCAAGUUUGACCCGUAAAAGAUUUUCUAAGUAUUUUCUAAUGUUACUUUACUUCAUAAUAACUUGCAUCUCUUGCUUCUUGUAUAUAAACUCUAUAUUUUACCUCAAAUCACUGUCAUGUGAAAAUGAUAUGAAGUUUCUUCAUCAAGUAUUGUCUUUGAAAACAUCUUUAAAAACAUUCUCAAAGUUGUUUAAGAAUCAUCUUUGGAUUGGUUUACUUUGUGAAAUUUAUACAAGGAUGUCUUUUAUGAGGAAGAAUCUGAGUUCAAGAGUAGAGAAUGUUGAAGAGAAUCAUGAAGAGGAGGAGUUGUCAUUGAUGGAUUUGCCUGAGCUAACUUUGGAAUGCAUACUUGAAAAGUUACCUCCUUCUUCACUUUGUCAAAUGGCUAAUGUUUGUCAUUCAUUGAGAGAGAGGUGUGUGAGUGAUUAUUUUUGGGAGAGACAGAUGAAGAAGAAAUGGAAUGGAGUUAUUGGUCAAGCUGCUUAUAGGGAAUGGAAAUGGUAUGUUGCUUCAAAAAGGGAUGUUAAGGAUCUUAAACAUGGCAAGCAAAAGGGGCUAUUGAUGAGAUAUUUCUCUCUUUUGUGGCCUUUACAAUGGAUGAAAGUAAAGGUUGACGAUGCAAAUGAUAUCUGCAAGGAUAGUAGUUCAUUGCCUGUCGAUUCUGUUAUGAAUUGGUAUCUUGCUAUUGAAAAUGGUAGCUUCUGGUUCCCUGCUCAAGUCUAUAACCGCGAGAAUGGUCAUAUUGGAUUCAUGUUAUCUUGCUAUGAUGCUGACCUUAGCUAUGAUUCGCGAACCGAUACCUUUCAAGCAAGGUAUCCUGCACAUGGAAGAAGAGGAGAAGCUAGAGAAUGUGGCAUUCCAUGGAAAAGGAUAAGAGCACCACCUGUUGAUAACUCUCCACAUGAUCUGUAUAUCUCUGAUUGUUUAUCUGAUUUGCAUCCUGGUGAUCACAUAGAGAUUCAAUGGAGGAGAAACAAAGAAUUUCCUUAUGGUUGGUGGUAUGGUAUUGUUGGUCACUUAGAAUCAUGUAAUGGAAAUGAAAAUUCUUGCCGCUGUCAUAUUAGUGACACAGUGGUGCUAGAGUUCAACCAUUACACUCCUGGCUCAAGAUGGAGACAAACUAAUAUCAAUAGGAAAGAUCAUAGAGAGGAAGGAAAUGAGGCUGAUGGAUUUUAUGGAGGAAUAAGAAAGAUUGAGAGUGAGAAUGAAAUUUCCAUUUGGAAAUCCAUGUGGCCAUCUGAAAUCUUGGAUUAGUAUCUGAUCGAGUAAACCAUCAAAUUAGUUCCAGACUCGGUAAAACAAUCUUAAUCUAUAGGCCAAUCUGAUUUUCUUUUCCACACUUUGGUUAUCAAUUAUUUAUUUUUCAUGA